AUGACAGCUCAACCAGAAGGGCAAUCAAUCGACCUUGAGGAAUACUCUGCAUCAAAGACUCUGAUUCCUUUUGACCAACCACUCCCUCUACUUCGAGGUCCCAUCAGGGCUGGCCCACAAGAAGAAACAGCUGGGCGAUUCAUCCUCGCAUUUAAAGACCCUAUCUCCUGGGCCUCUGCAUACAAAGCUUGUGAGUCUCAAGUUAUUCAACAAUGUGAAUCCGGAGCUAGGAUUGGUUGCUCCAUCGUAGCCUCAGACAAAUGUAAAACCCCUUGGUGGAAAUCAUUCCCUGGCAGUGCUUCCAAUCUAGACUUUGCAGAGAGGGAGAGAUGUGAAGAACGUGAAAUGGAGGCUUGCCUCGAAGCAGCAAAGGGAAAGUGCCGUGAAUUCGCAAAGCAGAAGUGCUUCCCAGCAUUUCGUGAUGCAAGGAUUGCAGUAAAAGGUUUGAGUCCCAAGGUGAACCAAAAAGAGUUAUCCAGGCUAAUUUCUUGGGUGAACUUUGGGGACAAGUGUCAGAUAACUGAUCUUUGGAGAUUAGAGAGCCCUUGGCUUGAGUUUAAGUCACAGCUUGAAGUAGCUUAUUGCAAAGGGAGUGAUAUAUUAGGUUCAGAGACACAGAAAUUAAUGAAAAUUUGA